AUGGUAGACUUUAAAAAGUUGGCAACAAGCAAAUCAGCAUGGGCGCUGGCACUUGGAGGUGGCGCAACAUACUUCCUUUAUCAAUUCUUCACGAUGCCCAAUGUGUCAAAUGCUGAAGGUGGUAGUAUUGCAUUCAAGGCUGCACCACAGGGUCAACAAGGACAACAACAACAGCCAGCAAAGAAGAAGGAGAGAUACGUGGCGCCGACCGAUCCCUCGCGCCCCGUGCUGAUCCUGGUCGGCACCGAGUACGGUCUGUCACACGAGGUUGCACAGAAGCUCGAGCAGGAGAUUGGUCAGCUGACUGGCAUCUUUGCACGCAUCGUCGAUAUGGAGGAGUACGAGAUGGUCAACUUUGCCAAGGAGCAGCUGGUCCUGGUCAUCACCUCGACAUAUGGUGACGGUGUGCCUCCCACGACCGCCCGUCCCUUCUUUGACUACCUCGAGGCCAACUCACUGGACCUCGCUCACUGCCAGUUCUGUGUAUUGGCGCUGGGAGAUCGCUCAUACCCCCUGUUCUGCCAGGCGGGCAAGACCAUGGACGCGCUGUUUGAGAAGUCUGGCGCCAAGCGUCUGCAAAACAGAGUCGAGGUCGACCAGGAGGACUGGAAUGUGUUUGAUCGCUGGAUCGACUCGGUCGUCAAGAUGCUGCCCUCACUCAAUCUGGAGGAGAAGGAGGACUACCUGUACGAGGUGGCCAAGUCCUUUGCUCUUGCCGCUGGCAAGCACAACAAGAAGGUGCCAUACUCAUCAAAGCUGUUGGUCAAGCGUCUGCUCACCUCGGGCACUGGCGACAAGGAAGCCUUCCACUUUGAGUUUGUCCUGGGCGAGUCUGAGCUCAAGUGGCGUCCAGGUGACUCGCUAGCCAUCCUCCCACACAACAAGCAGACCGAGGUAGACGCCAUCAUUGCCCUGCUCAAGGUGUCCGCUUCGACCAAGAUCAACACACCAUCGUCGCACUAUCAAGAGAAGCUUGGCUCUGCCAACCCUGCUCAGAUCACCCUAUCCCACGCUCUAACCAAGUGCUACGAUCUCCACAACCUGAAGCCUGAGCUUCUGACCCUGCUCCGCGACCAUUCCAAGAACGACUCUGAGAAGCAACGUCUGGUUCAGUUGCUCAAGGAAGGUACGAGCAAGACCAAUGUAGCACUUCACAAGUAUCUUGAGGAGCAUCACCUAGUGGAUGUGCUCAAGCAGUUCUCAUCAGCUCGUCCACCAAUCAAUGAUGUUAUGGGUGCACUCGGAAAGUUGUUGCCACGUUACUACUCCAUUGCCUCGUCUCAAUCACAUAAUGACAAGACAGUCUCAUUAUGUGUGGCAGUUGUAAGAUAUCAACUGCAUGGCAGCGAUAGGAUUGGUGUGGCCAGCACACAUAUGGCCGAUCGUUUGGCUAUUGGCGAUGAAUGCUCGAUCUAUGUCAACAACAACCCAGACUUCCGUCUGCCAGAGGACCCCAACACACCCAUACUGAUGAUUGGACCAGGCACUGGUCUCGCACCAUUCAUUGCCUUUAUUCAGGAGCGAGUCAAGCAGCAGGCGACGGGCGACAUGCACCUCUACUUUGGCAGUCGCUCCAGCCAGAUCGACUUCCUCUACGGCAAUGAACUGCAGCAGUACGCGCAAGCCGGCACCAUCAAGCUCAACACGGCAUUCUCUCGCGAGGGUCCCGCCAAGGUCUACGUGCAGGAUCGUCUGAUGGAGAACUCGGAGCAGGUGGCCGAGCUCAUCAAGGCUGGCGGACACAUCUACGUCUGUGGUGAUGCCAAGAACAUGGCGCCAGACGUCCACAACACACUCAAAUCAAUCCUAGUCAAGCAUCAACACUGUGCCGACGAGCAAGAGGCCGAGGUCCAUCUCCAUCACAUGGAGAAGUCAAAGAGAUACCAGAAGGAUACUUGGUUC